CUGCAGCCAACUUCGCUUCAUUGCAAAAAAGCUGAAAAAUUGUGCAGAUAGUUUUUCUUGUUUACUAUAAUAUUUUUAUAAAAAUAUUAAUUUCAACGUAAAUAAAAGUGUUUUAUAAGCCAAAGAAAAAAAAGCCAGCUACUGACGCCAACCAGCUGCCGGCAAAGGCAGAGAAAUAAAAAGUCUCAAAUAAUUAAAGAAAAAAAGAGAAGUCCUAGACUAACGAAAUGGAGGAAGAGUUAAUUUUAAAGCAACCUACCGAUAGACGUUUGGGAGACAACAAUAGUUUGCCGCCGGGACCACCCGGAGCAGAAUAUGAUGUGGAGCCCUUUGAAACGAACAAGCCAGCACCCAAGCCACCUACUAUAGAAAAAGAAAAUACGGCUUCAGAACGAUCCUCCAGAAGGCGUUCACCCUCCGGUAGUCCACCACCGGCACGUAAACGUAAAUCACCUUCACGUGGCAGACGUUCACCCUCACCUCCGCCUCGGGGAGGUAGAGGACGACGUUCGCCUUCACCACGGCGCAAUCGUUACCGUGACUACUCACCCGAUAGAAGACCCCGCUAUGGCGGUAGACGUUCACCCGAUCGUAGACGUUCUCCACCUAGAAGGGGAGGCGGACGUGACCGUUAUCGUGGCAGAGGCCGCAGUUCAAGUCGUUCUAUAAGUCGCAGUCCUACACCACCCAGACGUGGCGGUGGUGGUGGCGCAACAGGCCGUUGGUCUCCCAAAAAGAAACCCAAUACACCGCCUCAACAGCAAAGCAGCAACUUAACGCGGCAAUUGUCUCAACCACCACCUACCACUAAUCAGCCGCCUCCACAAUAUGGUGUUAUGGCGCCACCACCACCUCAACUAUAUGGUGAAGCCUAUGGACCACCUCCCGGUUACAAUCAAUAUGGAGUACCACCUCCCCAAGCUGGUUUUGUGCAAAGCAAUGAUGCCUAUGUGGCCAUGCAGGCACCGGGAACAGGAUUUAAUACAGCCUAUCCACCACCCGGAGCCUGGGGUGUGGAUGCUUAUGGUCAACAACAAUGGCUGCCACCACCCACACAAAUGCAACAAAUGGCAGCACCACAACAACCACCACCACCAGCACUAGUCGUACAACCUACUACGCAAACACAAGUGGCUACAAAUGUGCCACCACCAAAUGUUACAUCUGUAGCAGUUAACAAACAUGCAGAAGAUACUACCGGACCCUUAGAGCCCAAUCCCCAACAUGAUGCUGUGGCCCAAGAAGCUGAAAAUCAACGUGAUGAAUUGAAAAAGCAACGCACCAGUUAUUUGAAAAAGACAGCAGUUUUGAAAAAGGAAUUGAAAAUGUUAAAAGAACAACGUAAAGAUCUACACACAGGCGGUGCUCCAGCCUCACCCACCACCAAAGGCUUUAUAGAUGAAAAUGAAAAACUACAGAAUCAAAUCCAAAAGAAAUUGAGUACCAUUGAAAAUGUCAUCGAUAUGUUAACGGGCAUAAUUGGUGAAGAAAAUCUCGAUAAGGAUGAUGAACCUCUAGAUGAUGAUGAUAUGUUGAAAGAAGCAGCUUUAUCAUCUAUACAAAAAACACAUGGUGGCAGUGAACGUGCUGGUGGUUCUAGUCAAAGCUCUAAUGCUUUAAACUCAUCUAAUAAGAAAAAGACACGUAGUUCUUCUUCAUCCUCAGAUAGUUCUUCAGCUUCAACAUCUUCUUCAUCGUCGGAUUCCUCAUCCUCGUCUGAAACAGAACAAGCUGCUAAUAAAGAUGAAGAUGAUGAUGAUAGUUCACCGGAACGUUUAAAGAAAAAGGUGAUUGAAUCUAUGAAGAAUAAGGAUAAAGAUGUGGCACGCAGUAAACAAGAUCUAAAGGGACCCAAUAAAAAAGAACGUUUCAAUUAUGUCUUCUAUGAUCCCGAAAUGCAUUGGUGUCAGACCUGUAAUGUUUUUCCCAAGACAGCAAAGGAUUAUCUCAAUCAUUUGCAUACGAAAAAUCAUAUGGAUAGAGAAAGUAUUGAAACACCCUGGCAUACGGACAUGGUAACAGAUCAAUUUCCAACAUAUGAAAAUGCUCCUACCAAGAGAACACCCAUAAGAGGUUUAACUUUCUUUGUCCCAGCCACAGCUUGGUUUUGUAAAUUGUGUAAUAUAUGGAUGGGGGACUUACACUGUGCUUCUACACACUUGAAAUCACAAUUGCAUGCCAAUCGUUAUAAUGCCUUCUUAGAGGAGAAUCCCCACUACGAAGUCAAUUGGUUGGCUGAUCGUCAAAUUGUCUUAAAUGAACAGAAAUCUACACCUUUGCCCCAGCAAAUCACUUCCGUUUCCACUACGGCUGCGGAGCGCAAGAAAACCAAAAAGGAUGAUGAUAAAACUAAUAAGAAACGUAAAAAGAAGAGCGAUAAAAAACAGAAAAAGAAGAAAAAGAAGUCAAAUAAAAAACGCAAGAAGAACAGUGAUAGUAGUUCAUCAUCGAGCAGUGAUUCUUCCUCCUCUACGGAUAGUGAUGAACCGAAAAAGAAAAAAAUGCCUCCAGUAACGGUGGCCGAUCUGGAUAAUCCCAAUCCAGCAGUAUCGAUACGUCUAUCAAUGCGCAAACAGGAAAAUAUUAAAAAUGAAGAGGAACAGGCACCACCACCGCCUCAAUUGAAAAUGAAACAACAAUCACCGGCUACUCAGCCGCCAGCUGGGGGUAAAUGGACUGUAGUACAGGAGGGUGUACGCAAUAAAGAUGGAGAAAAGCCCCAAGAUGCCGAUGACUCGAUAAUACAACAAUGGAAUACCGUACAACCGGUAAUAAGUGAAAGUGAAAAGAAAUUAUUGGAACAGUUGAAGGGAAAAUUGAAAAAUAAAUCGAAAGAUGAACAACAAAGCCGCAGUUCUACGGCUCAAAGAGUAGAAAGUGAAAAUCGUGACAGGGAUAGAGAACGUGAUAAGGCGGUCGAACGGGCUGGCGGAGAGAAUAGAAGUGAACGUUCCGAUCGAAGAGACAGAGAUAGUGGCAGAGAUCGCGAUCGGGACCGGGGUAGAGAUGAUAGACGUACUACUAGACGUUCACGUACACGUAGUCCUACACGCAGUCGUAGCCGUGGGCGUGAUUAUCGCCGCAAUGUUAGACGUUCUCGUUCCCGCAGUCGAGGACGUAUGUCACCACGCAGUUGGCGUAAUCGUAAUAGACGUAAUGAUCGUUCACGUUCCCGUUCUUUACGUAGACGUUCACGCUCUCCUUACGAUCGGCGAAGACGUUCUUCUCGUUCCCGCUCACGUUCUGGUGGCAGCAGUCGUGUAGAGAAACCGGUAGUAAGACCUGCCGAAUUUAGGCCCCGCGUACCGGAAAAAGACAAGGAAAAGGAUAAAAAAUCUUCAGAGAAUAAAGAUAAAAAAGAUAAACCCAAACCUAAAAGCUCCAGUUCUUCAUCGACUAGUGCCGCUUCAGCAGCAGGAGGUAAAAAACUACCUUUUAUAGGUAAAAUGCCGGUAUUUAAGAAACAAACCACUGGAGCUGGCGGAGAAAUGGGUGAUAAAACUACUAUGGAUGCACAAGCACAACAACAGCAGCAACAAGCAGGCGGUUUUAUGUACACUAUGGAUGCUACCGGCGGAGCCUUUGGUCGUCCACCCGCACCUACAGCUGCUCAAAUACAAAUGGCCAUGAUGGAAGAUGCUUACGGCAAUGCACCACCCUUCCAUCCUGAUGCGGGUAUGAUGGUAGACUAUGACGAUCUAAUGCCAGAUCCUGUACAAUUUGUUAAUAUAAUGGGUCAAGCACCACCACCGCCUCCACCUCAAGAGACCGAAGAUGAUAAAGAUAUGUUACCGCCCGGUAUAGAUGUAGAAGAAUCAGAAGAGUUUGUACCCAAACCCAUAACUGAAGCGCCACCGCCUGGUAAGGGACCUUUGCCGAAAGACUUGGAAGAUGCUUUGAAUAUUAUAUUCCCCGGUGAAAAGAAACCCGGCGAGGAGAGUGACAAUGAGGAGGAGUUGGCGAAAAAUAAAGCUAAAGGCGAAACUCAAAUAAUCAAUGACGAGGCUGUCAUGCAGCCCGAAGAAUUAGCCAAAGAUGGCAUACAUUUAGUAACAUUCGAGGAGACUUCACAGUUGGGCUUAGACGAGGCCUCACAAAUGUCCAUGAAUGAGCCUUUAGUGUUCAAUAGGCCACCUUCUAACCCCACAGCUGCUAACACGACCAUUAUCAGCAAUGCUGAUAUGGAACUAGAAGAUGAUAACUCACAAAAUCAAUUAGAUUUAAAUAAAAUCGAGACACAGCCAACAGCCCCGCCCAACAUUGAACUACCCCCUGAAGUGAGCGAAAUUUCAGCACCUAGUCCACAAACUAUAGUAGAGCCUGAACAAGAGCAGGAAACAGAAAUGCCUGAUAUACCCAUACCCCCUGAAGUAAAAAGCAACAGUCCUAAACAUGAGGAAAUUCCAGAAACACCACAACAAGCGGAGCAACAAAUAACCACUAAUACAGACAUUGAUCUAGCCGAUAUUCCUCAGCCACCACCCUCGCCCACAGAAAGCGAAAAGAAUCGCCGGCAAGAGGAAUUAGAUGACUUGGCCAUGCUGGGCAUUGAUGCUGAUGAUAUGGCGGCACAAUGUAUAGAAUAAUGAAUGAAUUUAAAAACAAAAACAAAACUUGCAAACAUUCUUAAUAUUUAACUAACUAAUUGCCUACAACAAACAUGAUUUAAGUUUAACACACACACACACAAAACUGGUUUAAUUAUAUUUUAAUUAAAAUAAAACAUUUAAAUGUAAAACAUAUUGAAUUAAAAUUCAAAAUUCUUUUUAAAAAAAUAAGCAAUUACAAAGAAAAACAACAAA